UGUCUUUGUCCUCCGAGUCUUUGUCCUCCGAGUCACGCUGACGCUACAGCUGACGCGAAAAACCCCACCCGGUUAUGAGCCCAAGUUAGUGCCAAUUACCUCCAGCCGCGUUGACACCGCCCCUUGGCUUUUGGUAUUCAAAUGACACUCAAUAGAAACCAGGUGACGAUCGCUCGUCCAAUCAGUGAAGAUUCAGGUGUCGGAACACAGGACACACCUCUCUACCAAAACAACUCCUUAAAACAGGACAGACUAACAAUCCAGCAGCUUUAAACAACAAAUACAACAGUAACUUUAGCAGAUAAAACUAGUUUAAAGAAGAUACUUAGCAGGAUCCAAGUAGUCAGUAGUCUCGCCUCACAGGUAGAAAAUGCACACUUUUAUAUGUUAACAUGGUCAUAAAGUCUGUUGAAUAAUUAAGAACAUAAAGUUGAAUGUUAUUUUAUUUUAAUGUGUUUGUCAUUAGUUACCAAUAUAUAUGAUCGACCAAUAAAGUACCUCAUGGCGUAAUUAUAAAAAUUCUAAUUUCUCAAUAUAGAGAGUAAGUGGGCUGCGCUUCACUGCAGCCUACUGCUCCUUAAUAAUUAAGGAUGGGUUAAAUGCAGAGAAUACAUUUCGUUGCCUCUGUACCUGUACUCUGUGCAAUGACAAUAAUUGAAUCCAAUCCAAUAUCAAUUUGCCUAAUUAGUUAUUUUUGUAACUGACAUAAUUUUCCUCCAAAUAAAUUGCAUGGGAUGAUGCCCACGUUUUUGGUUUGGGCAUAAUACUAAAUUUCUCUAAGUAAUUCUAAAUCCAAUAGGUGGCAGUAUGAUCGCAGACAAUGGCAUUGUGAGUUAUCAGUGCAGCCGUAACUCGUCUCGUUUAUAUAAUCAAGAAACAUUUAUAGGAAUGUCGAUUUUAGAAACGUCAUGAGGGAACUUUAUUGGUCGAUCUGCUGGGAGGCGGGGCAAUCCUGGAAACAGUCAGAGUGUCAUACAAGUAGUGUAUCUCAAAUUAAAUACAAGUUUGUUUAAUAGAAACUCCACAUUUUAACGUUUGGCACUCGCUGUUUCUGCUCAGAGCGAGGUUUGUGUAGAAGGCGUGUACAUAUUUGCCUCUCGCGAAACGUGCAACGUCAGUAAAAAGGCUGGGAUGGCAAAUACAACGGAUGUUUUUAUCACGAGUUUCAGCCUGCUGUCCAACAGCGGCGACCCCUAAACAUUCGCUGGUAGAAACAGAAAAGGACAGUUUAUUCACCCGAACUGCUGCUCGAAUCUCUGCUAAAUCUGCUGCUGAGGUGGGGCUUUGGUCCACUCUUUUUGUUGAGCCUGCCGUCAUGGCUCGGUACCUAGGCUACUUCACCACCGUGGGCGAUGGGCAGCCGGUCCAGUGGGAGGAUGAAGAGCUGCACGUAAACAACGAGCAGCUGAGUCCGGCCACUGGCCAGUUUCACACAACGCUGACCUUCAGGGAUUCACUGCAGAGGCUCUACGGCUCAGAGCGGUUCCAGGUGUUGGUGGUGUGUCUGGUAAUCCUGGAUGCCAUCUUUGUUCUGGCAGAGCUGCUUAUCGAUCUGUCUGUGAUCCAGUUGGAACAUGGCCACCUUGCUCCUGAGGUGUUCCACUACCUGAGCUUGGCUCUUCUCACAUUCUUCAUGGUGGAGCUGGGUGGUAAGCUGUACGCUUACCGCCUAGAGUUCUUUCAACACAAGUUUGAGGUGUUUGAUGGUGUGGUGGUGGUGGUUUCCUUUGUGUUGGAGCUUGUGUUCAUCUUCCAUGAGGACGCCUUUGAUGGAAUGGGUCUCCUCAUCCUGCUUCGACUCUGGAGGGUGGCCAGAAUUAUCAAUGGUAUCAUGGUAUCAGUGAAAACCCGUGCAGACCAGAGGAUUCACAAGCUGAAGGAGAGCUAUGACCACCUGGUUCAAAGAGUCACAGAGCUACAGGAGCGCAGUGAUAAACUGGUGAUUCAUUAUAACUUCAUACUAGAUCAGAACGAUUAUUUAGAUUUACCUUUCUAAUCAUCCACAUACAGGAGCAGAUAUUUACAGUAUACUAGUUGUAUCCUACAGUUAAAAACUAAGAUGGUGGGUCAGAUCAGCUUUGUCAAAUCGUUUUGACUUGAGCAGUCAGACAAUCCGACGUGCAUAAUGCAUCUUUCCUGCACAAAACCUGGGGGGAAUCUGGACACAAGUAUUUUGAAGCUCACACCAUUGACCUGAGUGUAAGCUUUGGAUGAUGUUCAACAAUGGACUGACUCUUCUCUCUGUCUGUCUCCAUCUAUCUUAGGAACAAGAGAACCAGAAACUGCAAUCCCUCCUAAAGAACAACAGCAUAGUCUUCUAACUCAUCGAGCUAACUCUUGUGGAGCAUGUACCUCUCUGCAUUAUAUUAAAACUACACUAUGAACUUUU